AGAUGAAUGUAGUAGAAGGUAGUAGAAGGUAGUGAAGUAGAAGGUGGUGGAAGGUAACGAAGGUGUUAUAAGAACCUGUUAAUUAAGUCUGAAUCAUUGUAGUUUUUGAAAAAUUUCGACAGAGUUUAGCGAUAACGACAAAGAAUGGCACAGUAUCUAGAUUCCGAGGCUGAUGUGAGCGAGGGUGAAGAAGAGUUAGAUCAGAAUGAAAAAAAGAAAUUGAAGAAGCUAAAGGCGAUGGAGGAGAGCGACGAUGAGGAGGAAGAAGAUGAUGAAGAUCAAUUACGCGAGGAACUGAAAGAUUUAAUAGAUGACAAUCCCAUAGAUGAAAGUGAAGGUGAAGACAGUGAUGGUUCUGAUCACCAUAAAAAGCGUAAAAAAAGUGAUGAAGACUUUGAUGAUCGUUUAGAAGAUGAAGAUUAUGAGUUAUUGGAAGAAAAUUUGGGUGUUAAGCUUCAAAGGAAACGUUUCAAACGUCUCCGAAGGAUCCAAGAUGAGGAAUCAGAAGAAGAAGAACAAAAAGAGGCUGGUGAAGAAAGGGACGCUAUUGCCAAUGAAUUAUUUGAAGGCUCUGGAGAUGAAAGAGAUAUAACGGAAGAUGAAAGACGAAGCGAACGAAGCCAUAGACCAGAAGUGGAGAACUUUGAAGAAGGUAGUGACGAAGGCGAAUAUACCGAUGCAGAUGACUUUAUUGUCGAUGAUGAUGGCAGACCUAUUGCUGAGAAAAGAAAGAAAAAGAAACCAAUAUUUUCAGACGCGGCUUUGCAAGAAGCGCAAGACAUCUUUGGUGUUGAUUUCGAUUAUGAUGAAUUUGGUAAAUAUGGCGAGGAAGAUUACGAGGAGGAGGAAGAAGAGGAGGAGGAUGAAUACUUGGAUGAGGAGGUUGACGCAGAGCGGCCGCGACGUCCGAAGAAACAGCUGAAGAAAAAAACAACAAGGAAGAGCAUCUUUGAGAUUUACGAGCCAAGUGAAUUGAAGCGUGGCCACUUCACCGACAUGGAUAACGAGAUACGUAACACAGAUAUACCUGAAAGAAUGCAACUUCGAUCGGUACCGGUUACGCCGGUUCAAGAAGGUUCUGACGAACUGGAGCAGGAAGCGGAAUGGAUCUACAAACAGGCGUUUUGCAAGCCCACGAUCUCAAUUCAGGACGCCCAUCUGAACGCUGAAGCUAAGGAACGUGCUCGCAAAGGGCCGCAGACUAUCACCAAGAUCAAGAAAGCCCUGGACUUUAUGCGGAAUCAACAUUUCGAGGUUCCCUUCAUAUCCUUCUAUCGGAAAGAAUACGUGCUGCCCGAGCUGAACAUCAACGAUCUGUGGAAGGUAUACAAGUACGACGCCAAAUGGUGUCAACUGCGUCAGCGGAAAGAGAACCUGCUCAAGCUCUUUGAGAAAAUGCGUAACUACCAGCUCGACGAGAUCAUGAAGAAUGCAGAUGCGCCGCUGCCAGACAAUGUGCGGGUGAUCAAAGACGACGAUAUCGAGAGAUUGAAGAAUGCGCAGACGAGUGAAGAGCUCAAUGACAUUUAUCAUCACUUUAUGUUGUACUACAAUCACGAGAUUCCGAAGAUGCAAGAGACUGUGCGGAAGAAGGAGAAAGAAGCGCGGCGGGAGGCGAGAAUUCAAAAGCGCAAACAGCAGAUCGCCGAGGCGGAGGAGAACGGUGAGGAUCCACCGGAGGAAGAACCAGAGAUUGAGGAGGACGAAGAGGUCGACGAGACGUUGAAACAGGCAGUGAGAAGUGGACCUUAUUCGAUCUGCAGGAAAGCCGGCUUGGACGGUCUGGCGAAGAAAUUUGGUCUGACGCCCGAACACUACGCUGAGAAUCUUCGUGAUAACUACCAACGUCACGAGGUGGACCAGGAGCCGACUGAGCCAAUGACUAUAGCGGCCGAACACUGCAGCUCGCGAUUCAAGAGUCCUGAAGAGGUACUGAAGGCCGCGCAAUUGAUGGUAGCGAUCCAGCUAGCGCGCGAGCCGCUCGUGCGCAAGUGCGUGCGCGAAAUGUACAUGGAACGCGCGAAAAUUUCCAUAACGCCGACGAAGAAGGGUACUAAGGAAAUCGAUGAGAACCACCCGAUCUACUCCAUGAAGUAUCUCAAAGACAAGCCGGUGCGCGAUCUCGUAGGUGCGCAAUUCCUGAAUUUGGUAAUAGCCGAUGAGGACAAGCUCAUCACGAUAAGCCUCAGUGACAGUAUCGAAGGCAACACCAGCAAUAACUAUGUUGACGAGAUGAAACAGCUGUACUAUCGAGACGAAUUCAGCAAGAAUGUGCAGGACUGGAACGCACUGCGUGUCGGUAGUGUCGAGAUCGCGCUCAAUCGCAUGGUCAUACCGAGCUUGAAGAAGGAAUUGCGAACCAACCUGGUCGCCGAGGCGAAGGAGUGCGUGAUGCGCGCCUGUUGUCGCAAGAUGUACAACUGGAUCAAGGUUGCGCCGUACAGCUGCGAGUUUCCUGAGGAGGAAGACGAGGAAUGGGACACUAGCAAGGGUCUGCGCGUCAUGGGUUUGUCUUAUGUACCCGAUUACUCUCAGGCUGCUUUCACUUGUUUGGUCGCAGCUGAUGGCGAAUGCACAGAUUAUUUGCGCUUGCCGAAUUUGAUGAAGCGCAAGAACAGUUACCGCCAAGACGAGAAGACUAUGAAGGAGGCGGAUUUGCUGGCGUUGAGAAAUUUCAUAGCUACGAAGAAACCUCAUGUUGUGGUGGUGUCCGGCGAAUCUAGAGAAGCAAUGAUGAUCGCAGCCGAUAUUAAAGAGUGUAUCACUCACUUAACUGAGGACGAGCAGUUCCCUAGCAUCCAGGUGGAAAUUUGCGAUAAUGAGCUCGCGAAAAUUUAUUCCAACAGUAAUAAGGGUGUCUCAGAGUUCAGGGACUAUCCGCAGCUGUUGCGUGAGGCUAUUUCAUUGGCAAGAAGGGUGCAAGAUCCAUUAGUGGAGUUUUCGCAGCUGUGCACGGCUGACGAAGAGAUCCUCUGUCUCAAAUAUCACACUCUGCAAGACCAAUUGCCCAAGGAAGAGCUAUUGGAAAAUCUCUACCUUGAAUUUGUCAAUCGCGUGAACGAAGUCGGUGUGGAUGUGAAUAAAGCAGUCCAACAAGCAUACUGCGGCAAUCUGGUGCAAUUCGUGUGCGGUCUUGGCCCACGUAAGGGCCAAGCUUUGAUCAAGAUGUUGAAGCAAACCAAUCAAAGAUUGGAGAACCGAACACAAUUGGUAACUGCUUGUCACAUGGGACCAAAAGUGUUCAUCAACUGUGCUGGUUUUAUCAAGAUCGAUACUAAUAGUUUGGGCGACAGCACCGAAGCGUACGUGGAAGUGCUAGACGGUUCGCGUGUACAUCCCGAGACGUACGAAUGGGCUCGAAAAAUGGCAGUGGACGCUCUUGAGUAUGACGAUGAGGACGCUAAUCCAGCCGGUGCUCUAGAGGAGAUACUUGAGUCUCCGGAAAGAUUGAAGGACUUGGAUCUUGACGCGUUCGCCGAGGAACUUGAGAGGCAAGGCUUCGGCAACAAGUGCGUCACUCUCUAUGACAUCCGGGCUGAGUUGAACAGCAGAUACAAGGAUCUUCGUGUGCAAUAUCAGUCACCCAGUCCGGAAAAAUUGUUUGAUGUUUUAACCAAGGAGACACCCGAGACUUUCUACGUCGGUAAGCUAGUGUUGGCCACUGUAGUCGGCAUCAGUCAUCGAAAACCGCAAGGUGAUCAGUUGGAUCAAGCGAAUCCAGUGAGAAACGAGGACACAGGUUUGUGGCAGUGUCCGUUCUGCUUGAAGAACGACUUCCCGGAGCUGUCGGAAGUGUGGAAUCACUUUGACGCCGGCGGUUGCCCAGGGAAAGCAACCGGCGUGAGACUGCGAUUAGACAACGGCAUAUCCGGUUAUAUUCAUAUCAAGAAUUUAUCCGACAGACACGUUGCGAAUCCUGAAGAAAGAGUUAGCAUCGAUCAAAUCAUCCAUUGCCGUAUCGUGAAGAUCGAGGUGGAUCGUUUCAGUGUUGAGUGUACAAGCAAAAGCAGUGACCUUGCUGAUAAGAAUCACGAUUGGAGACCGCAACGAGAUCCGUAUUACGACACCGAGGCCGAACAAAAGGAUAUGAAAGUAGAAGAAGAUGCAAAGAAGGCGAAACAAAGACAGAUUUAUGUGAAGCGUGUCAUCGUCCAUCCAUCUUUCCACAACAUUAGUUUCAUCGAGUCCGUGAAGCUGAUGCAAACAAUGAAGCAAGGUGAGGCGAUAGUAAGACCGAGCAGCAAAGGUUCCGAUCACCUGACAGUCACAUGGAAAGUCACCGAUGAGAUCUAUCAGCACAUCGACGUGCGAGAGGAAGGUAAGGAGAACGCCUUCUCAUUGGGGCAGAGCCUAUGGAUCGGUAAUGAAGAGUUCGAAGAUCUGGACGAGAUUAUCGCGCGACAUGUGAAUCCCAUGGCCGCUUACGUUUCCGAAUUGUUGGACUUCAAAUAUUACAAGCCAACGGUGGAAGGGAUCAAGGACAAGGCAGAAGAGGUAUUGAAGGAACAGAGGAAGGAGAAUCCCAACAGUAUCCCUUAUAUAAUAUCAGCGGCUAAGAAUUACCCCGGCAAAUUCUUGCUCUCUUACUUGCCGCGAACCCGUUGUCGCCACGAAUUCAUCACGGUGACGCCCGAGGGCUUCAGAUUCAGAGCACAGAUGUUUGGCAGAGUAAAUGAUUUGUUCCGCUGGUUUAAAGAACAUUUUAGAGAUCCGCUUCCUGGACAAUCCACUCCUAGCACGCCGCGUGGUGCAAUGACUUCCAGAACACCUUAUACAACACCAGGAGCUGUCAGUGGAAUGAAUCAAGAGGCGAUACAGAGAGUCGCACAGAAUCUUCCGCAUCAUAUGUUGCAUUCUUUGUCGCAAGUGGCGAAUCAGACACCGCACCAUUAUCCACCACACACUCCAGGUGCAACUGGCGCUGCUGGUUAUGGCGGAGUGCAUACUUAUCCGAACACACCGUAUACGCCGUCCGGACAAACUCCAUUCAUGACGCCUUAUCAGACGCCGCAUCAUACUCCGCAUCACGGUCAGCCGACUCCGAGAUAUGGUCAACAGACUCCGAGCCAUCACCAGGGGCCCUUCGUUCACCCGCCCCCGCCAUCGAUGACUCCUGGUCAUCACAGAUCCGCUCAAUCGCAUAGACCUACGCCACCCUUAUCUACUCCAUCUGGCGAUCCCACCGAUUGGAGAAAAGCUGCUGAGGCCUGGGCUCGACUAAAGAGUGGUCCUCGUGUAUCUGGGUCGACGCCGAGAUACGAGGAAUCUAGAAAAACUCCGCGCAAUUACGACGAGUCGGCCGGCAGGACGACGCCCUCUGGCAGAAGUAGACCUUCUUCCACGCGAACUCCGUCAUACAAAUCUCCGCGAGGUACUCCACAUACAAACUCUAGUCCGCGGAGCAUGUCUCUAAGCGGGGACGGCACUCCUUUAUAUGACGAAAGCUAACAGGGUCGUUGUAUCUAUAUAAAUAUAUAUAUACAUAUAUAUAGCCCACUACAAGAUAUUAGUUACCUCAUAUCAAACGCGUAUCGACAACAAGCAUCUGCGUCAUCUCCAUGAACGAAAGAUAUGAAAGAUUAUGCAUGCGUCGUUAUAAAUGCUACUUGAUAAAACGCGAUUUGCGACACGCGUAGACCUGUACAAGCUCUACAUCUAUGCGCACGAAAUUUUUGUUUAUAUUAUAUCAAGAAAGGAAUGAAAUAUUGAGAUCAAUGGCGCUGUAUACCUACAAUGUAACUAACGCGAUCACAUUAAUCGUGAUUUAUUUAUUUAUUUUACGUAUAUAUCUUAUAAAGUAUAUGUUUAUAUUUCGUAUUAAAUCUUUACUAAGUUGCAAUUAACUGUUUUUAGUAACCUUACAAGACUUCAACUUGCUGCUUGGUUCCUCAUUUUCUAUUACUUCUCACAACGGUUUCAGUUAGAAUUCUGCGAGGUUACUAAAAUGGUACUAAAACGACCAGUUAACUGCAAUUUGGUAAAUGCGGCCCUAAAUAGGUACAAGUUACACGCAGCGGUGGAUUUUUAGGAUUCUUUUAAGACGCCUAAGAACAACCUAUCGACGUGUUGACAGUAUCAAACUCCUGGAAUGCGUUUAUGUCGAUACUAAUGGCAUGUUUAAUGCAUGCAGCAGCAACUUUUUUGUAUUUUACUGUCACAGAUACAUAUAUUUGUAUAAUACAGCCAGGAAAAACCGAUUACUUGAACUUUCCGUCAUGCCAACAGCAAAAAUAUCGUAUCUUUGAGAUAUAAAUACAUUAUGUAUAUUUAUAGUGAAUACUCUCUCUAUAUAUAAGUAUAAAAUCUUACAAUAUACAACUAUUCGAGGAAAUGUUGCGCUUGCCAGGAACCGCUAGAUAUCUAGUAUCUAGCACUUAAUGUUUCAUUUAGUAAGUAUAUUUUCUUGUAUAAAGUAUGCAAAAGUGAAGAAAACUAUUUUAUAAUUAUACUAAAUGAAACUUUUAUUUGAAUAUGCACGACGUUUGUUUCUUAUAUGUCGUUGACUUGUAGAGAGCAGCCGAUAUUUCUUACAUACUUUAUACAAUUGUUAAAUGGUAAUAUUAAACGAACGAAAGUAA